AUGCGAAACGGCGUAGCAGCAGUGAGUAGUCUAGCCGUAGCGGCGGCGUGGCUGGCGCCGGGGGCUAGCGGGGCGCGGGUGUGCGGCGCGACGGCGGCGUCCGAGACGUUCCAGUACCGCUUCAUCGAGGUGCGGUACGACGGACCGGACCCGAACAAGAGCAGCCACCUGUCGACGAUCGCGGCCAGCCUGGGCACGAGCUCGACGCCGCUGUACGAGUGCGUGGCGCAGUGGCCCGAGACCUGGGCCGGCUGGUUCGAGGGCGGCCCCAACAUUGUGUGGUCCGACUGCAUCUGGACCGGCGCGGGCUCGGGCGCCGACAAGACCGUCUCGUUUGCCGUCGACUGGAAGAAGAAGACGGUCUACUUGUCGCACACGUUUGCCUGCUCCGACAAGCGCGGAUCUGACGGCCUGGCCACGGGCUCGCUGAGCCUCGACUUCAACUGCACGACAGCCGACGGGUCGAGCUUCUGCGUGCCCAAGAGCACGAGCACGGGCGACCGGCCGACGCUGCGGGUCAGCACGACACUCAGGACGACCGUCGGGGGGGGCGCAGCCACGACACCGACGUCGUGCCAGGCCGGCGCCAAGACGUACCAGUCGUGGCGGCUGGACAAGUGGCUGCGGCAGUACCAGAUGGCUCCCGGGUCGUCGGCGCCCGACUCGACGCGCCCGCUGCCCGCCGACACGGGCCCGUCGUUUGCGCUGACCAACCUCGCCGACGGCAGCGCGUUCAGCUGCGCGCCCUCAGGCCAGAAGAAUGGCACCUUCGAGGGCACGUGCAAGUCGGCAGCGGCCGCGACCGGCACGACGGCCGCGUUCACCUUCGACCCCGUGCUGAACAUGGUACAGGUGUCGCAGCACUGGGACUGUGGCGAUUCGUAAGUGAUGAUGCCUGCGAUCCGUGACUUGGUGUUUUUCUUGUUUUUUUUUUUCUGACAAGCUGCCGUGAAUAAUCAGCUCGUUCGAUGCCGUGGGCGUCGAGUUCAUGCAGGCGGCGUGCGACCGCAACUUCAACAGCGACGUGUUUACCUGCACCUCGGACGCCGUGUGGGUUGGUACGCAGACGUUUUAGGGGGGGUUCUUGGGGGUGUGAGAGGCAAAAGGGGCAUGUUGACUAUUGUUUAGGUAUUACCAUGCCAAAAAUAGGUUGCCAGGGUAAAUAAGCAAGACAUUCUCCUCCUUUCCUUUCUCUCUUCCUGAGCUCUUGUACUUGUUGGAUGAAAAUUG